AUAGAGCUACCGUCCUGACCGGACCAAAUAAAAUUUCUAUCGUAUUGACUUGAAAUUGAGCCGGCGGACUCGCCUAAAACCUAGAAGCCUGUCUUCUCUACCCUCAUUUUCGGCCCGCCGGCGGCGAUGUCUGUACGGGCUUCGCUCUUACGCUUCCCCGUCGACGCUGAGGCACAGGAGUCCUGCGGGAUCCCUUGGGGCGUAGCUGUGACGCCUUUCUCAUCAGGGGACGAGCACGGCGUAGCGCCGGCAUAUGGAUCUGACGGCCACCUCCUUCCCCGUUGCGAGAACUGCUGGGCAUAUUUCAACACCUAUUGCGAGCUCGAGCAGUGGGCAUGGACCUGCGCCCUCUGCGGAUCCCUCAACGGCCUCCCCUCCCAUGCCAUCCAGCGUUAUUCCCAGUCGCAGGCCUGCGCAGAGAUGAGCUCUUCCUUCAUAGAUCUCGAGCUCCCAGUGGAGGAAUCUGCGGAGGCAAUGCAAGCGCGGCCGGUCUACGUCGCUGCGGUGGAUUUGGCAUCUUCUGAAGAUUUUUUGGAGCUCAUCAAAAGUUCUCUUCUAGCUGCACUUGAAGCUCUUGGACCAGGGUCAUUAUUUGGGCUUGUUACUUUCAGCCAUAAGAUAGGGCUUUAUGAUGUUCAAGGACCCAUACCAGUUGUAAAAAAUGUUUUUAUACCACCUGAAACAGAGGGUAGAUUACCAAUCAACCUUGAAGAUGUGAUGCCAUUACUUUCUUUUUUGGCCCCUGUAGAAACCUGCAAGGACCGCAUUGCUGCAGCUCUUGAGACACUAAAGCCAACAACUUCAUGGGAAAGGACCACAGCUGCAGGACAAGGGCUAGAUGGUGUCUUGUUUGGAGGCCGUGGUUUUGGGACAGCAAUGGAUGCUCUUAUAAGCUAUCUGAGUUCUGAAUAUGGAAAUACAUUUGCAUUGGCUAGAGUAUUUGCAUUUUUAUCUGGUCCUCCUGAUUAUGGAGCUGGGCAGUUAGAUACAAGGCGAUAUGGAGAACAAUAUGCUAGUAGAAAGGAAGAUGCUGACAUGGCUUUGCUUCCUGAGCAGACACCAUUCUAUAAAGAUUUGGCUUCUAUUGCUGUUCAAGCAGGUGUCUGUGUGGAUUUAUUUGCCAUAACAAAUGAAUACACAGACUUGGCUUCUCUCAAAUUUCUUAGUAUAGAGAGUGGUGGUUCCCUGUUUCUAUACUCAAAUACGGAUGAUUCAACUCUUCCACAGGACAUGUACCGGAUGUUGAGCCGCCCAUAUGCCUUUGGCUGUGUGCUACGACUGAGAACAUCUUCUGAAUUCAAGCUUGGACGUUCUUAUGGCCAUUUCUUCCCAGAUCCGCAAUAUGAAAAUGUCCAGCAUAUCAUCUGUUGUGAUUCUUUUGCCACAUAUGCUUAUGACUUUGAGUUUGCUAAUACUUCUGGUUUCUCCAGGCAUAGUGAACCUCCUGUGCUACAGAUUGCAUUUCAAUAUAGCAUUGUUGUUCCUACGCAGGAGACAUUAGAUCCAGCAUCAAAAUCUGGUUCAAGGCCAAAGUUUUCCUUACAAAGAAGGCUAAGAAUUCGCACAAUCCAGUAUACAACAGCUGGUGGUAUCAAUGAUCUGUAUGACAACGUUGAUCCAGAAACGGUUUUAUCUAUCCUUGUUCACAAGGUUAUUCUAGCUUCCCUAGAGCAAGGAGUCAGGGAAGGCAGAUUGCUGCUGCAUGAUUGGCUUGUAAUUCUUACUGCACAGUACAAUGAUGUAUUUAAGCUUGCUCAUUAUGAUAGCGGAAGUCCAGUUUCGCGGGUUGAUGUUGGCUUCUCACAGUGCCCUCAACUGCAGCCCAUUCCUCGACUUGUAUUUGCUUUUCUAAGGAAUCCUCUUCUCCGCUUCCAUGAAGAAGGAGUACACCCUGAUUAUCGCAUUUAUUUACAAUGCCUUUUCAGUGCACUGGAACCCAGUUCCCUUAAUCUAGCAAUAUAUCCUCUGCUGACAUCAUAUGCUAGUCCAGACAAGCAAGCUUAUCCACGCCAUUCUUUGAGCCGUGCUGCUCUUAUAACCAGUGGAAGUCCCAUUUUUCUGCUUGAUGCUUUCACAAACCUCAUAGUGUACUAUUCUCCAACGGCUGAUCCAUCACUUCCAUUUCCGCCGCCCCAUGACUGUCUACUACGAAGCACGGUGAAUAAACUAAAGCAAGAAAGGAGCAUUACUCCUAGGCUCUUAUUCAUUCAUGGCGGUCAUGAUGACUCUUCAGUAUUCGAGAACUAUCUCAUUGAAGAGCAGGAUGUGGAUGGCACGGGUAUAACGAGCGUCAUGGGCUUUGUUUCAUUUCUCGAGGAGAUUACACGGGAUGUUUCCGAGUACCUUAAAUAGAGCACAGGCAAGUUGAAAUCAACUUUAUGGGUAAGCAAAGCUUUCCAGUCUUUGUUGAAAUGGAACAUAAUCACAAUGUGAAAUUGUGAGUAUUCUUCUUUAGUAGUUAUUUUGUGCGAGAGCUUAUUAACAUAUUUCAUUUUUUUAUAUGACUAAGAGAACUUCUGAAAAUUUUGUUAAUUUCAACGUGAUGUAUUUUAUGGCAAUUGCUAACAUCUAACACUGGAGUUUUUUGUUUAGUUA